AAAAUGUGCUCUUCAGAAGGUGAUUGCAGGCCUCUGGGCUUUCUGCUCGGCCUUCCUUUUGCUCUCCUCUCCCUCGUCCUCUCCAUCGCCGGCAUCGUUAUCUGGAUCGUCGGAUUGUUGCUGACUUGCAUAUGCCCGUGCUGUUUGUGCGUGACGGUGGUCGUGGAGUUGGCUCUGGAGUUGGUCAAAGCCCCAAUUCAUGUGAUGGAGUGGUUCACUUCUCAAAUCCCCUGCUAAUCUCAUCUCAUUCAGAUUGUUUAAAUUUUAUUCUUUUUAUUUUUAGUUUAGUUUUAUCACUGAGUUUGGUGUU